AUUUUUCACUCUCAGUGGUUCCCUCUGUCGCAUAGACGAUCUUCGACGUGACGUCACAGAACCAACAUGGCGAACAUUCGGUGUGUCAAGGGUAUGGUUGGCCUGGUGACGGGCGGUGCGUCCGGUUUGGGUCGGGCCACCGUGGAGCGUCUGGUGAAGAACGGAGCGUCCGCUGUGAUCCUGGACCUGCCCUCCUCUGACGGACCAGCUCUGGCAGCCAGCCUGGGAGACCGAUGUGCCUUCGCUCCUGCAGAUGUGACAUCGGAGGCAGACGUGCAGUCGGCCGUGUCCCUGGCCAGAGAGAAGUUUGGGAAACUGGACCUGGCAGUGAACUGCGCCGGCAUCGCUGUCGCUGUCAAAACCUACAACUUUAAGAAAGACGUCCCUCACAGCCUGGAGGACUUCCAGCGCGUUAUCAACGUGAACAUCGCAGGAACCUUUAAUGUGAUUCGCCUCGCUGUGGGUGCGAUGGGGAAGAACGAGCCUGAUGCAGACGGACACAGAGGAUGCAUCAUUAACACCGCCAGCGUGGCAGCCUUCGAUGGACAGGUCGGCCAAGCAGCAUAUUCAGCCUCUAAAGGAGGAAUUGUGGGAAUGACUCUCCCCAUCGCAAGAGAUCUGGCACCUAUGGGCAUCAGGGUCAUCACCAUCGCACCCGGUCUGUUCUCCACUCCUCUCCUGGCUGGUCUUCCAGAGAAGGUGCGCUCUUUUCUCGCCCGCCAGGUGCCCUUCCCCUCGCGCCUGGGAGACCCCGCUGAGUUUGCCCAUCUGGUGACAUCACUGGCUGAGAACCCCAUGAUUAACGGAGAAGUCAUUAGACUGGACGGAGCCAUUCGCAUGCAGCCCUGAGACGAAGCGUGUGUGUGUUUUGUGCGUGUGUGUUUGUGGCCACGUGAGCAAAAUGUACCGAUCAUAAACUGCCUCCAUUUAAGAAAAACUGUUGAAUCUUUGCGUCUGAAUGUGUGUGUUUGUGGGGCUGCUUGACGUGUUUUACGUUGUAGAAAGCUGCGUACAGUAAAUAUAAACUGUUAUCGAUCACAAACACCACUGAAUCAGUUUUGUGUGCGAGACUGUGAGAGAGAAAGAGUGUGAAAGUGAAACUCAUUCAAAACAUUGCAGUACUUUAUGCACUCCACUUUGGUCGUUUUGUAAACUAAUCCAGAUUAUAAUAAACCUCAGAUGAGUUUGAUCAUCUAUUCCAAGA